ACAGAUCCAAAUACAGAGAAGCAUGAAAUAACUAACCAGAAAUUUUUACAACAAAAUUAAUUAUAUAUCUAAAUGCUCAAAAUUGUCUCAUUGUAUCUCUAGGCAGAAAGCCUCGAGCUUUUCAGAAGCCCUAAUUUCUGAUCAUCUCUGCUUCGUGUUGCUUUUCCAGGAUCUGGGUUCGGAUUUCGUGAAAGUAAGCAUUUUUUUUCCCAGGGUUUCUGAGAGUGGAAGGCUUUGGGAGGAGGGGGGUGAGUGGUUUUCUGGUUGAAUUCGAGGGGACGCGCGUGAGAAUCUCCAGAGUGAGAAGCAUAACAUAAUGUCUUCUGGCAGAGAGUAUUUUUUGUCUUUUCAAUCUCAAGCAAUGCAACCCAACAUGCGACUCGCAUUCAGUGCGAACGGUGCUGCUGUUUACAAGCCUGUUGUGGGAAGCCCUCCAACCCCCAGCGAUCAUCAAUCCGCUAGUGGCGGCGGUGGCUGCAGUGAUGGCUCCGCCGUCACAGCUGUCCAACCACCACAACUGCCGCCUCCUCCGCCGAUGUCGGGCCUUAGAAAGCGCGGAAGGCCCCGUAAGUACGCUCCAGAUGUUUCCAGUAUCAGUAUCAAUGCCAUAAGUGCCCUUGCCUCGACUCCUGCCGCCCCUGCCUCCUCAAAUGGCGGCGGCGGCGGCGGCGGCUUCUCUCCUCCUCCUCCUCCUCCUCUUCGUCCCCCGGUGGUGGCGGCCGCCUCAUCCUCCACGUCUUCCGCAAAGAAAGCAAGGGGCAGGACUCCGGGUUCCGCCAGCAAGCGGCCGCGACUAGCUGCUGCUCUGGAAUCAGCAAGAGUUGGAUUUACACCACACAUUAUCAGAGUCAUGGCUGGAGAGGAUAUAUCAUCAAAAAUAAUGUCAUUUUCUCAAAAUGGGCCACGAGCUGUCUGCAUUCUGUCAGCAAAUGGCGUCAUAUCUAAUGUGACAGUACGUCAACAAGCAACAUCUGGUGGAACUGUAACUUACGAGGGACGAUUUGAAAUUCUAUCCCUCUCUGGUUCAUUUCUGCUCUCAGAGAGUGUUGGACAGCGAGGCCGAAUAGGUGGUUUGAGUGUGUCAUUGGCUGGGCCAGAUGGUCAAGUCUUAGGUGGUGGUGUGGCAGGGCCCCUGACUGCAGCAUGUCCCGUCCAGGUGGUAAUUGGUAGUUUUAUGGCAGGGGGUCAGAAAGACACAAGAUCAGGGAAUUCGUCUGACCCCUAUUCUGCUCCACCAAAACAGCAGACGCCAGGACCAACAGCAGUAGGGAGCCCCUCAUCACACGGAACGCUGAGCGAAUCCCCUGGUGGUCCGGGGAGCCCUCUUAACCAUGGCUUCAGAGCUUGCGAGAACAACAAUACCCACAACUUUUCCUUGGAAAUAAACUGAGGGGCUCUGACGCUGCUGUGUUGCCCACACCCCCAAAAUGGUAUUCUGAAGCAGAUAAAUGUAACUUAAGGUAGAUUCCAACUUCAUCUAUGCUUGGUUGCAUUUGGUAGAAAUCUUGCAAACAGGUAGAGGCCAGUGUCCUUCCUUUUCAGGCGUUGGUUAGAGGUUUGCACUCUGCACCAAAAUAAAAAAACUAGGUUGUGUUUUAGAUAAAUUUCAUUUUGUUUCUGUUGGUGUGCUACCGAUAAUUAAUCUUAAUAAGCCUCUAAGUUCUCAA